UUGCUUUUUCGAAACUGCUUUGCAGGUGUAUAUUACAAUUGUUUUUGACAAUUAGAAAUUCAUUAGGAAUUUGUUUUCAUUGAACUUUGAGUUUAAUUACAGUUUUAAUAUUUCUGAGUAAAAGAUGAUAAACUUGAUACAGUUGUUAUUUAGUGUAAUUGAAUUUUAACCAAAAUUUCUUAGAUCGAAAAUCUGAAUUUAACAGAAAUGGCUGAUCAUCGACAUGACUAUUCUCCUUCUCUUGGGCAAAUGACAGAUAAGCCCUUGUUUGGAGUUUCUAAAUGGAGAGAUCGAGUUGUACACACGUCAUUUGCAGUCUUGACAUCACUUGCUGUUGCAGUAACAGUCAUAAGUGCUUUUAUUUACCCACAUUGGCCUCCUCUACUGAUGAAUGUAUUCUUUGCUGUUUGUAUUUCAUUAAUGUGUAUGUCUCAUAUAACAUUGAUACACUGGUAUAAUGAAGGAGGAGUUGAUCCAAAGUUUCGUGUCUUAAUUUAUUGCAAUACAGUACUUAUUCUUUUAUUCUGCAUAUGUGCGAAUUGUUACUAUCAUCUGUAAAGUAUUGCUGUCAACAGUAUUGUAAUCAUUCCAAGUGUUUAUUAUUAUUUUUUAAAUCAAGUAUAGUGUUCUCAGUAUUUGGUAUGUAUGUUUCUGUGAAUCUCAAUUGGGAAGUACAUGCACAUGUGGAAAUACUUAUUUUUAUUAUCUUUUUUUUUUUUUACUUAUACUUUUUUUAUGUUAAGCAGCAAUUGUAAGAGUUUUGUAGUCCUAUAAAUGUUUACAUUGAAGUAUGUUCUUAAAUGCAAAUUACAUUUAGAAAUUGGAAUAAAUAUAUAUAUAUUUUAAAACUUAAAAAUUGUUUUGUAACAAGAAACAUCGAACAUCAUAAAAUAAUAUUGCAAUUUUAUGUAGUAAAGAAAUUCAUGUUUUGUAUGUUAUUGUUAGAUUUUUUAUAUUUCUUUUAAAAGUUUUCCUACGUGUUAGUAAAUAUAAAUUAACAAAGUGUUUUUUGUAUAUAAGUAUUUUAUGUACAUGAAUAUUUUUCUUUAUUUUUAGCAUUUUGCAAUGAAUGUUUUAUUUAACUAAAACAUUUAUAUUUUUCAAAGUAUUCUGAAACUGGCAUUAAGUUUAGGUUUGAUUUUUUUUAAUUAUCACAUUUGAUGAUAUUAUUUAUUAAUGGGCACUUUGUUAUAUGGAAGCAUUUGUAAACUUGUAUAUGAAAUAUUAUAAAGUGUUUUUACAAUUUUUAUUAACUUAACUAGUUAUAUAGACUGUUUGAUAUCAAUAUAACUAAAUUUUGAAUACUGAUUGUGAUAAUAUUUACUGUUUUGCCAAAGAAAACUGUAUAUAUAUUAAGUUUCAAUGUCAGUACCAACUAAUGAAUUUGAGAAAUGUUAUGCUAUAUUUUAUAAACAAGUUUGAUUAAAUAUAUAAGUUGUCUGAGAGAGAAGAUACUCUUUCCCCUUAGGUUACAUGUUAUUCGUAUGAAUUUCAGCAGUUGUUUAAUUUGUAAGAAUGUCAUUUAGAAAUAUGUUACCAUUAUUGCAACUUCAUCCUAUGCUGUAAUUUUAUAAUGUAAUGUUUGAAGUGCCUCAAAGUUAAUGCAGUUAAGAGAAAAAGCAAGCGUUCAUUUUCACAUCUUUAAAAAAUGUUAUUUGAAAAUAAUAAAGACAAUGAUUUGCCACAUAAAUACUUUUCAAUAGAUGAAAAGCAACACAUUAUUAUUAAAGAUUUAGAAUGUUCUCAUCAAUAGAAUAAAAAUUUCUGCAAGUAAUUUAAUGCGUGACGAACUUGUAUAAUUAGAUCAUAGUUUAAUGGCAUAUUGUUAUUGUUGUGCUAGCCAUUAUAAAGGAGAAAAGAAAAAAAACUUUAAAGCUGUAAUUUUUAAAUAGUCAUAGAAAUCUCAAAUGUAACAUGAAAAUUUUAUGCCUUAUUUAUUAUUAAUCAUUUCUAAAUUUUGUAGUUUAGAUUUAGUGUAAAUAUUUUAAAAUGUCAGAUUUUGAAUAUGAUACAGUUUUUCUAUAUAAUACUUGUGCCAAAUCCUUUUAGUUUUUAUUCAUCAAAUGUAAUUCAGUAGAGAGUAAUACUAGUAUUUAAAAAUCCAUAACAGUCAAUGAAUUAUGAUAUUUAAAAUGUGCAUUGAAAGAAGAUGGUAAUUUUUAUUUAUAUAAUAUGUAACUGAUAGAAAUAUUGAUCCUAUGCAUUUUUUAUGUAAAUACUAUUAGAUUUUUAUUUUAUGGAUUUACUGAUAAGAAAUUAAAAUGCCAUUCAUGUUAUGUGAAUUUUUAUCAACUUCUUAAACUAUACACAUAAGUAUAAAUUCUUGAUAUUAUUUAUCUGGAUGAUAUUGGUAUUUCAUACUUUUUAUUAAAAUGCUAACUCUCCUCAAGAAUCAUGUUUUGUAAUUUAAGGCAAGAAUUAAAUGCAUGCAAAGCAAUACUAUGUGAUAAAUCAUGUAAAGUGUUGAUAUCUGUGAUAAGUCUAUUCUGGAAAGUUUUAUAAGUAAAAAUUUAAUAUAAUUAUUACAUAAGGUUGAACAACAUGAUAUU